AUGGUGGUAACUUUAUACAACGACUUCCUCAACAACCCCACAGUGACCAGCCUCGAAGACGCCUCCUUCCCCGUAACCCGAGUCCCCUUUCCCGGAAUUUCAGUCUGCAGCGUCAACAAAAUCAGCAAACGGAAAGCCCAAGACUUAGCGACACACCUAGCGACCAUCAGCAACAAAAAUCAAAGCUUGAUUCUAAGGUACGUGCGUUUUAUCGGGCAGUUGCACGAUUUUGACGGCGCGCGGUCAAAAAUUAGGGAACUCGUGGAGUUCCAAACGAUUUUGAAACGUUCGGGUUUGAAAUUGAUUGAUGUGAUUAAAGAUCUGGCCAUUCCUUGCGACGAAUUGUUAGUGAGUUGUGUGUGGCAAACACGGGAUGUCAAGUGUUCUGAAAUUUUUCAGAUGAAGUUGACUCAAAGUGGGUUCUGUUGUGUUUUUAAUAAUUAUAAUAAUUCUUCGUUUUUUGGGGCGGAGGCUGGGUUUGAUCGUGGUCUGCAAAUCGGGGUGCGGAAUCAACUAGAGGACUAUUUCUACUCGACGCUGUCGUCGACCGGUGUAGUUGUACAAAUUUUCCACUCUGACGACUAUCCUGAUAAAUCUAGUGGCAACGUGAACGACAUUUUGAUAGGAAAUAGUUCCGAAAGCUUCAUCGAUAUACAACCCACGACGUACGAAGCGGUGGUAGAUGUGGAAGAUUAUCCUGUGGAACGAAGAGGUUGUUUGUUCGAUAAAGAAAGUCCCUCGAUUUUUAGUAGCGUCUAUUCCCAAAGCAACUGUAUCAUAGGCUGUCGAAUUGAAAGUGCUCUAGCUCUCUGUCGAUGUAUACCAUUCCAACUACCACUAUCUAACGACAAUAUAGUUUGCACAAUCGAAGAUAUUCCAUGUCUGAAUAGAUUUAGAAAUAAGUGGCUUACGUUGUCACCUAAUGAAGUUGUAUGGGAACAUCUGCCAAGAGAACAACACGAAGCGCUUAUUUGUUCCAAAAAAUGUUACCCUAAGUGUAGUGGAACGUUUUACGACGUCCGUGUUAAUUCGUUUCCCAUUCUUAAUAAAUCUAUAACCAAAAAUCACUUGACUGUUGCAUACAUAUACUACGGACGUCGCGUCUCCAAUUUUUAUCAAACCGACGUAUUUUACUACUGGUUUGAAAUAUUAAGUAAUUUUGGUGGUCUCUUUGGAAUUCUCUUAGGCGUGAGUGUUAUAUCACUAAUCGAAACCGUCACCUACAUUUUCCAAAAAUUAUUAAUCAUCGCCAGAUUUAAGUUCAUUCACUCCAAUUAA